CUGCGCCCCGAGGCCGGAAGGGCGAGCUCGCUCUCUGCUGGCAGUGGCAGGGCGGGCAUGGCGGCGGCGGCUCCGGGAGGCCGCGACGCGGGUAUGGACGCCCGACUGGACCAGGAGACGGCUCAGUGGCUGCGAUGGGACCAGAAUCCGCUCACGUCGGAGACGGUGAAACGGCUCGUAGCGGAAGGUAAUAAAGAAGAGUUACAGAAAUGUUUCGGGGCCCGCAUGGAGUUCGGGACAGCCGGCCUCCGCGCUGCCAUGGGGGCAGGAAUUUCUCACAUGAACGACUUGACCAUCAUCCAGACCACCCAGGGGUUUUGCAGAUACCUGGAAGAGCAGUUCAGUGACCUGAAGCAGAGGGGCGUCGUGAUCAGCUAUGACGCACGCGCACAUCCCACCAGUGGAGGCAGCAGCAAAAGGUUUGCCCGACUCGCUGCAACUGCGCUGAUCACUCAGGGGAUUCCCGUGUAUCUCUUUUCUGGUAUAACCCCAACCCCCUUCGUGCCCUACACCGUGUUGCGUAUGAAGCUCUGUGCUGGGAUCAUGAUAACCGCCUCCCACAAUCCGAAGCAGGAUAACGGCUACAAGGUCUACUGGGAGAACGGGGCUCAGAUCAUCUCUCCUCACGAUAAAGGGAUUUCUCGAGCUAUUGAGGAGAACCUGGAGCCAUGGCCUCAAGCGUGGGAUGACUCCCUCAUUGACGGCAGUCCUCUUCUCCAUGACCCGAGUGCCUCCGUCAGCAACGACUACUUCAACGACCUGAGGAAGUACUGCUUUCAUAGGAGCGUGAACAGGGAGACCACAGUGAAGUUCGUGCACACCUCUGUCCACGGGGUGGGCCAUCACUUUGUGCAGUCGGCUUUCAAGGCUUUCGACCUUGUUCCUCCUGAUGCUGUUCCUGAGCAGAAAGAUCCAGAUCCUGAGUUUCCAACAGUGAAGUACCCGAACCCCGAAGAGGGUAAAGGUGUCUUGACUUUAUCUUUUGCCCUGGCUGACAAGACCAAGGCCAAAAUUGUUUUAGCCAAUGACCCAGAUGCCGAUAGACUUGCUGUGGCUGAAAAACAAGACAGUGGUGAAUGGAGAGUGUUUUCAGGCAAUGAGUUGGGGGCCCUCUUGGGCUGGUGGCUCUUUACUUCAUGGAAAGAGAAGAACCAAGACCGCAGUGCCCUCAAAGACGCCUACAUGCUGGCCAGCACGGUGUCUUCCAAAAUCUUGCGGGCCAUCGCCUUAAAGGAAGGCUUCCAUUUUGAGGAAACAUUAACUGGCUUUAAGUGGAUGGGAAACAGAGCCAAACAACUAAUAGACCAGGGAAAGACGGUCUUGUUUGCAUUUGAAGAAGCCAUUGGAUAUAUGUGCUGCCCUUUCGUUCUGGACAAAGAUGGCGUCAGUGCGGCCGUCAUUUGCGCGGAGUUGGCCAGCUUUCUGGCAACCAAGAACCUGUCUUUGUCUCAGCAGCUCAAGGCCAUCUAUGUUGAGUAUGGCUACCAUAUUACCAAAGCUUCGUAUUUUAUCUGCCAUGAUCAAGGCACCAUUAAAAAAUUAUUUGAAAACCUUAGAAACUAUGAUGGGAAGAAGAACUAUCCAAAAACUUGUGGCAGAUUUGAAAUUUCUGCCAUCAGAGAUCUUACAACGGGCUAUGACGAUAGCCAACCUGAUAAAAAAGCUAUACUUCCUACAAGUAGAAGCAGCCAGAUGAUCACCUUUACCUUUGCUAACGGGGGUGUGGCCACCAUGCGGACCAGUGGGACAGAGCCCAAAAUCAAGUAUUAUGCAGAACUGUGUGCCCCCCCUGGAAACAGUGACCCUGAGCUGCUGAAGAAGGAACUGGAUGAACUAGUCAGUGCUAUCGAAGAGCAUUUUUUCCAGCCACAGAAGUAUAAUUUGCAACCAAAGGCAGAGUGAAAUAUUCCAGCCUUGGGUAAAAUGACAUUUACCUAUGACUGAAGUGAAUGUGACAUGUUCAACAAUAUUUUUGAGGGCCAAAAGAUUCAAAUUAUUGUUAUAAGUAUUUAUAUAUUUUUAAAAAGAUAUCUGCAUUUCUCAUGUUUCAGGUGGAUAAAGAAAACGUGGCCAGCCCUAACAAACCUUUUUAUUAAAAGGUGGAGCCUGAGCAUUAUCCGAAUUUUAAAAAAAUGAUUUAAAAACACUAAAUUUAAAAAACAGAUUGUUAUUCAUACGCCUUACUUUGCAUAAAUGAUAAAUGAAUGUCUUCUCUAUCAUUCUUUUUAUAGAUAGUUGAAAUCUCCAGAAAACCUGUGCGGUGACUAAAUUCUAUCUUAUUCAGGAUAGCCAUUUUAUAGGUAUAAAUACAUUUUAUGUUUCUGGCAAUUCCAUAUAAACUAAAAUAAAAGAAUAGAUUGAUUUUUGUGUGCAUGUUUGGGAAAAAUACGAGUUACAGGACUCUGUGAAGUGGAACAAAAGAGUCUUAAAAAGAUGCAUGUUUGGGUAUUUGCGUUUGUUGUUUUUGCAUGGUCUCAUUCUCCACACUCUUCCUGCCUCAGCCUCCCGAGUAGCUGGGACUACGGGUCCACACCUCCGCACUCAGCUUUUUAGGGUAGGCCAGGAAUCCAACUGGGCCUUCAAUGGGCCUCAGUCAGCCAAAUAUUAGUGUCAGCCCAACAUGGCUGAGCUGACAAGAUGUUUUUAAAGAUAAGUUUCUUUUGGGAUCAGCAGUUGGCAUAAUGGCUAUGUCACCAUUUAGUCGGCUGCAAUUCAAAUCCCAGACCU